UAUUCAGAAAAGGCCUCCCAAAAUUCAUUCCUUAAAAACUUUCUCACAAGCCAGUCGUCACCACAUCAGAAAGCAUAUAACAUCUCCUUCUCUCUCUCUCUCUCUCUCUCUCUCAAAUGGAAAAAAACAACACCAUGGCUUCGCCAUCAUCGCCAACCGCAACAACCUUUGUGCAAGCAGAAACACACACCUUCAGAGACCUAGUCCAGAGGCUGACCGGGUCGUCGGUGGACUCGGAGAAGCUCCCGGUCAACCCAUCUUCAAAACUCUCCCCAAAAACCUUCACUCCCGCCGGUGAGCCCACCGGGCCCCGCCGGUCACCCUUCAAGCUCCACGAGCGAAGGCACACCCACACCAUGAGAAAGCUCGAAAUCAAGCUGGGCCUCACCACUCUCCGCAACAACUCGCCCCUCCAAACUCAGCGAGUCGACUCACCGGUUCAGAGCCCUUUAACCCCACUCCGGUCCGAGCCAAUGUUUCUACCCAUUUCCUGGGCCGAGUUGCCGUCGUCACCGCCCUUGUCGGACGAGGAGAAAGCUGUAGCCGAGAAAGGGUUUUACUUUCACCCAUCGCCGGUGAGUACGCCGAGAGGCACCGAGCCACCAGAGCUCUUGACCUUGUUUCCACUGAGUUCGCCGAGUCAGAAAAUUCGCGAUUCGUAAAGAUAUUUUUGGGCUUUUAGGAGUUCGACAAAAAUAUGUUGUGUUUUUCUUUUCUUCUCGGCUAAGAUAUCUUUAAAUUCAAUACUUCGAUUGCAUGCGGGUUUUGGGUUGUUUAUUAAUAUAUUUAAAUAAAAUUUUCUACGUAUGUUUUUUUA